UCUUGAUUUGGCUUAUACUUAAUCAAGUAGAGAGAAGAAGCUAAAAAAGUUUGUACAAGGCCAUUGUCAAGAGCUCGAAAGAAGAAGAAAAAAAGGGGUUAAAGCGAAAGUGAAAAGACAAAAAUAAAAGGUCGAUAGAGAAAGUAAAAUAGACGAAUUGGAGAGGAGAGUGCAAACUCAUUUAAAUCUUUGGGAUCAGAGAAAGAUUCAUAAUUUCAUUUUUUCACUUUUGCUUCUCUUUAACUUAGAGUGAAAGAGAUAUGAAUGAAGGGAUUCUUCCUCUGCAUCAAAUGGCCGCCGCCGCCGCCUCCUCCCACGGCUUGCAAAUCCACACUGCGCCGCCCCUCCCGCCGUGGCCUCCCUCUCAGGAAUUUCCACAGUCAUGGAGCCAACUAGUCUUAGGGUUUGGUGGAGAAGAGGAUAAGGCACUUGGGAUUGACCCGGCGGCGUAUCUUGAAUCCACGGUGGCGAAGUCUACGGGCAUGUGCACCGACGGGCUCGGUUUCUCUAACAAAUCAUCCGAGAUUUUGAUGAAGGGUGCUACCAAGAAGUCGAAGAUGAAUCCAACAACUUCAGCUCAGUCUGGCAUCAAGGUGAGGAAAGAAAAACUGGGGGACAGGAUUACAGCUCUUCACCAACUAGUGUCCCCAUUCGGCAAGACUGACACAGCUUCUGUGUUGCUGGAAGCAAUUGGAUACAUUAGAUUCCUUCAACGUCAAAUUGAGGCUUUAAGCAUUCCGUACUUAGCCACUGGAUCAGUGAACACCAACCAGUCACAAACUGUUAAAAGGGAGAGUGGGAGUUGUCUUUUCCCUGAGGACCCUGGCCAGCUUCUGAAUGAGAGCCAGAGGAAAAGGAAAGCUGUUUCUGAAGAGGAAUGUGAAGAAGAGGUGAAGAAGGAUUUGAAGAGUAGAGGGCUGUGCUUGGUUCCAUUAUCAUGCACAGUUGAUUUUGGGGGUGAGAAUGGAGCUGAUUAUUGGGCUCCAUCAUUUGCUGGGAAUUUUUAAUAAUUAAUUAUUGUAAUAAGUAUGGAUUAACAUGAACCUAGGUAAAAUUAAUGAUGUGACAUCACAGGCAGUCAGUCCAAUUAAAUUUCAUGAGAUUGACUGCUUAUGAUGAUAUCCAUUUUUUAGUUCAGAGUAGUUGGGAUAUGUCAUGUAUUGCAACCUUCAAUUAAUUAUUAACCACAAUUUAAAAUA